AGAACAACGCCACUCUAUACGCCAUCGACGUUCCAGAAGAGCUUGUUGGGCGUCAUCUUCAGGAGAGAAUGGCAUCAGCCAAGAUAGAAAGACAAGGAGAGGGGAGAAAUGGCAAGGGUCUGGCAAGUCUUCUCCAAAGCAACUCCUAGAAUGGAAUACUAGCUUACCGAAUGUCAAUCACAGACAUAUCGCUUCGCAUUGAAACAGUUCAGACCACACAAGCAUGAACAUUUCCUCAAUGAGAUCAAUAUGUUUAGCAAUCUUGAACAUGAGGAAGGAAUGAUUCAAUACAUCGGAUGGUUCGGGAGUUUCGAACUCGGCGAUGAUGGUGCCAAACAAGAAUACUUCAACAUUGUGCUUGAGCUUGCCGACUUCGACUUCUACGAGGCGGUGAUGAGGCUAUCACCGCCAAUAUCGUCGGAGGAAAUCCAUGGUUUUUGGGAGUCCAUGUUUGAGAUCUCGAAGACACUGGCGUCUAUCCACACAAUCACGAUCGACAAGCUGAACUUUUGGACAUGGCACGGAGACAUCAAACCGGAAAACAUUCUGAGAGUCAACGAUCGCUUCAAACUAGCCGAUCCUGGUGAAGCAAGCAUGUUGCUCAAGAACUCGGGUACGCCGUACUUACCUCCUUCGAGAUCAUUAGGAGGUACAAGAACUUAUGCGGCACCCGAAAAGACAGCUUACUUGGAUGACAUCAGCACCAAGAUGCCGAAGGUUACUCCAGAAAGUGAUGUUUGGUCUCUUGGAUGCGUCCUGUCAGUUGCUGCGACCUAUGUGGUUCUUGGGACUCAAGGAGUUCUGAUCUAUCAACGGCUUCGUCGUCAGGACACUCAGAAUGCCAGAGGAAGAAUGAGUGACGCUUUUCAUGACGGCGAGCGUGUCUUACCCGAAGUUCUUCACUGGCACCAGUAUCUCCGCGAAGCAUCAAGAAAGACAGACCCGUACACGUCCGCAAUCUUGGACAUGGUCGAUGGCCAUAUGCUUGUACCCGGAGACAGUCGGCAGACUGCAAAAAAAGUAUGCGCCAGCUUUAAAAGCAUUCUCGCGAAGAACGAUACCCGCCCUUCCAAGGUACCCCCUGGCUUGCAACAUAUGCUUCAAAGCAUUGAACUUGAGGUCGAACGUUCUUCAGAACACAAGUCGGGGAUUAAGAGAAUUGACUCGGACGAUAUCACGAAAACGAUGGAGCCCAUCGACUUACCCUUACCCGAAAUCGAGUUUGAAAGUCGGAAGAAGUUGCUGGAUCAAGCCAUCCAACCAACGGCCCAACGACCACGCACCACCCGUGGAUCCCCGAGCCAGUCACCACACCCAGCGGUGAGAUAUCCUGUGCAGAGUGCGGAUCGACAAGGUAGUCUGCACUCUCACACUUAUGGAUACGCAGACCCUUCACGAAGAAACUCCGCAAUCUCACCUUUGAGCCAUCCAGUCGGCGUCCCUUCAUCUUCAUUCUACUCGGAGUCUCCCAGUUACCGGUCAAGAAGUCCGAUACGACGCGAACCUGUCAAGGCUUCUCAAGUAAAACAAGAGCUGAAGAAAGUAGGGCUCAGGUUCAAACCGUCACCGAAGAGUCUCAGUUCACUCAUUCAACGACAGAAGACUUCCGUCAAAGGGAAAACUUCCAACAGCAAGGAAAGCCUAGACGCCCUGACUGAAUUGGACUCUCGGCUCGAGGAGGAAUACAAGGGCCGUGAUAUCGUCUUCCUCGUGGACAAUGGCACGACUAUGCGUAAGUGGUGGUCUUCAGUCAUCGACCUACUAGAGGUCAUGGUAUGGCGAGCGCUAGCGUACGACGACGACGGGAUGGAGAUGUACUUCACCAACCCCGACACGAAUCCAAGAGCCAUCGUCAGAGGCAGUAAGUCUCAGUCGGUUAAGGAUUUCACCAAGGCACUAGAGUUUGCAGAGCCCGAAGCAGCCAAUUCCCCCACAUCCGCGGUCGAAACCACCAUUAUCCCUGAGCUCGAGCGGAUCAUCAACGACUACACGAGAGCAAAGACCUCAAAGGAUGAACCACGGAAGAAGACCAUCAUUGUAUUGACUGAUGGUAUCUGGCAAGGUAUGCAUGAUGAAUACACCGUCGACACGUAUCUCAGAUCGACAUUUCAUUGUUUGAGAGAUCUGCAUGGAGACUUGACGUACAUUCAACCGGGCCAGCCGCAUAGUCGAAAGGAUGUGUCAGAAAUCAGACCUGUGACUAUUCAAUUUGUUCAGUUCGGCGACAACAAGAAGGCAGGAGAGCGACUACGCCGCCUGGACGAUGACUUAGCUAAAUACGGUUGCCCCGACCUGAUCGAUACGGAACACGCUGAAGGCGAUCUCUAUAAGAUGUUUCUCGGGAGCCUAUGCCCAGACAUCGAUCGCACUCUGAGAUACAGCAUUGGGCCUCAGUCUCAGUCUCCGACUUUCCAUGUCCCACCGGAGCAAGGUUCCGGCGAAUCCACAAACACUCUUAAUAUCCGGACCAACACGAUGCAUCAACAUCCGCAAGAAUCGUACAGCCUAGCUCCUCUACAGACCUCGCCUCUGGCGAUAUCACCCGUGGAUUUCUCUGUGACUCAUCAUGGAGGCUUCACGUCACCUGUUCCAAAUUACGAACUUCCUGCGCCGACUUCAUACGACGGCGCAUCUCACGCCGUAUCUCCCAUGUCACCUCAGCCUUCCUCUACGCAAAGGGAUGCACGGUGGCAAGUUGCUGGCCCGUCAUCAGGCAGUACAGCACCUCCGUGGUAACCGGCUGAAUCGAGUUCACCCAGCAGACAGCAUGAGCAGACACCCGGAUCACCGGUACCUGGCUCGCAAAUCUAGUCCUACAGACAUAUGCACUUUUAGUGUAUUAUUGCGGCGUAGUGGGUCAAUAACGCUUCAGGUUGAGAAGCAUUUGGGCGCAGACUGUAUUUUAGACUUUUUCUUUCGCUCUUAGGGUUCUUCCACGGAUGAGUGGACGGAGUUUGGAGGAUCUAUAGAGGGUGCUGCUUUCACCUCAACCCUUGACAAGGGCGUCGGU